AUGAAUUCGGCCGUAGAGAGGGAGAUCCUCAACAAGUACAACCUCUCGACGCUGUACCCUGCAGCAUGGCCCCAAGAGAAGGACGUGGCGGAUGAUGAGGCAGAUGAGUUCGAGUUGGCCACGCCGAGAGCUGCUGCGCAGCCGGUGCGCCGCUCGGGAUCGCGAUACUCGGUGUUGGAAGACAGGUCGAGGUUCUCGCGGCAGGUUCCUGGGGCAGAGCGAUCCAAGGAUGGCGUCGAGAACCUGGUGCAGAAGGACGAGCAAGACCCGCUGGGCAUGUACCCGAGUGUCGUCCAGGUGCUGCGAGCGAGGAAUGUGCAGGUCGAGGACGACAUCAAGCUGCGCAACCGCUUUCUCCUCAGCUCGACGAGCUUCUCGCCCUCUCUGUUCCUCUCCCAGGUCCACAGCGACGCAUCCACCGACUCGCUGCUCGCCGGCCUCGACUUCCUUUCCCGCUCCAUCGAGAAGAAGUCGGCCUCGCUCAAGGUGCUCGUCGAGUCCAACUUCGAGCGCUUCGUCGGCGCCAAAGCCACCAUCGACCGAGUAUACAAUGAAAUGCGGGAUCAAGGGCAGGAGCCCGACUCGCCCAAGAGGGCCCAGCAUUCGAGAGGCCCCAGUAGAACCAGCUUCUCAGGCAGGAAGCCCAGCGACACCUUAACGCCAGGAGUCAAUAAGCCCGCGCCGACCGAGAGGAAGAAGAAUGCGCUGGUCAAGGAAAGCGAGUACGGUGUGCACGGCAUUAAAGUCCCGCUCACCGAAGUCGCCGUCAAGGCCGAGGAAGUGUGGGGUCCUGCAUUGAAUGGCCGCGAGAGGGAGGAGACGCUGAAGUCGAUACUGCAGUCCGUCGAUCACCACCGAGGCUUGUUUGAGGUCGCCUCUACCAUCCACGAUGCAAUACGGCGGAGGGACCACGAGACGAUAACAGUAGAAUACAAACGCGCGCGCAAGUACGUCGAGGACGCCCGAUUCCUAGUCGAGCAGGCGAGCUCAUCGCAGACGCCCUUCACCGACGCCCACAUCCACCAGAUCCUUGUCACGGCUAGAAUGUGGUCAGAUGUGGAGCGCCAGAUCGAGCACUUCAAGCGCGAUUCUUGGAAACGACUUACUGCAACCCACUUCACCAACCACCCGACUGCGAGCGAGGAGACCAAGUCGGAUCAGUAUCUAAGCAUCAUUUCCAUCAUGCUUGAGUUGGGCGCGGACGAUAACCCCAUCUGGAUAUGGCUGCACUCCCGCUACGAGUACCUCAAGUCCCGCCUCAACACAACGUGCGAACGAUCUCGCGUCGAAAUUGAGAUCCUACGCCGACAUCUAGUUAAUGCUGACAAACCGACCCUACGUCUACUACAGAAACAUCUGCGCUCCGUUCCAACUAGCAGCAACAACAGUGCUGAGCCAUCCAAGCUGGAUUCGCCUAAAGUGAUAGAGUUCUGGGAGCAUAUUUAUGCAUCGAUGAACACACUCCUUUCGAACAAAGCCGGCUUGCUUGCUGAGCUCGUCGAAUACUGGGAAAUUGCACAGUCUUUUGUAUCUGGUCGUGCUCAGAGGAACAUGCCGACAGGACAUCAAAAUCAGUCCGCAGUGCACCACAGACUCACAAAAGAAAACAAGGUCGAGCUUGAGAAAGGCCUAGUAGAGCUCAUCAGCAUCAUCCGAGAUUACCUGUUUUCAUUCUUUUCCGACCCGCCAAUCGAGGAUGUUUCGUUGCUCUUCUCGCCACUGCCGACCUCGCCAACCCCAUCAUCACCGAGGACACCAAUGAGCGCACUUUUAAGCCCAACAUCGGGUUCCAGAUUCCGAUUCGAUCCAAACAAUAUCCCGCCGCCGUCACCUAGCCGUGGCGAUGCAUGGGAGAAGUAUGCCUUCUGGCCUCCCCACUCCAACGCUCUCUCGGGAUCACACUACCUUUCUAGAAUACUAGUCUUAAUCGGCACGGCCGCUAAUGAGCUUGCAUCGCUUCGGCUUCCAGAAAUUGGAACAAUCUCCCGUAUGGACGAAUCCCUGCGAAUGUUACUUGGCGGCGUUCGCGAGCGCGGUGUGCAAGCCGUAUGCGCGGCUUGGAACACUGAUGCUGAGAAGCUCAAGGUCCUGGAAGACUGGACUCGCAACGCCGAUCGCAAAGAUACUACCAACCUGCCUCAACGUUUUCUUGCAGUGCAAAGUUUCCUGCUGAAUAACCUGCAGAAGAUAUUAUACGUUGAAGCCUCGAGCAAAACUGCUGUCGAUAUCGUCGUCCCGCCGAGUAAUAAGCUAUUGCAGAUGGUUAGGAGUCAGUUUGUGACCAGCUUAUAUCGCACGCUUAGCGGGAUGGUAGAAUGUGCGGAGAAAGGAAGGAAGGCUCUCGGUGAUGACUUUGAAAACAAAGGCGAUGACUUGACCGUUGAUGAGCAGGAGGAUGACGAGGGUGAUUGGGGCAAGGUUGACGCCAACCAACAGUCCAUCCGUCUUCUCCUCACACUAUCCAACAUGGCCGCCUUCCAAACCGACAUCACUCCCCAGCUACUCUCCCUCUUCGAAGCCCUCUUCAGCGUCCAACUCACCGACGAGACAAACCGCAUCCGAGACGUCCUCUCGCAACUCGAUACUCAACUCUUCAAAUCCUACACUAAGCCGCAUGCUGCCAAGAUCAAUGCAACGAUUGAAUCUGGCAUUUUCAGCCCAACUUGGGCACCAAACCCUGAGCUAGGAUCAGGAAAGAAGGGCGUCGCAGACAGAGAUCCAAGCCCGUAUGUGUUCACAGUUUUGUUGGAUUUGGUCAUCGUGCACACAGAGGCUAGCACAACGAGUUAUCCGCUCACGCCACGUAUCCUCCGCGCGCUGUUCGAGAGCACAACGACCUCGUUGAUCACUACAUUCAAGUCCCCGGACAUUACGCAGAUUACACUCCCGCAGUUGAUGCAGGCCACUCUUGAUGUCGAGUUCAUGGCACAGACACUCGCUUCAUAUACCACCGAAGCUGCGUCACAGGUUCAGACGGAUAUUUACCAAGUGUUAGAUGCCAAGACUGAUAACGCAGCCCGUGUACGACUACAGGAUGAGUUGGGCAGUCUGAGAAGCACACUCAAACGCCUGAGGGAGGGUACGAAGGUGCAAUUUGCUUGCUUUAGAAGAGUUAAGAGAACUGCGCCGGAGGGUGAGGAGCGGGGGAGACGGUAG